AUGGACCUUCUAAGGAUUGAUGAACUCCCUGAAGGAGCUGUGAAGCCUCCAGCAAAUAAAUACCCCAUCUUUUUUUUUGGGACUCAUGAAACUGCGUUCCUGGGGCCCAAAGACCUUUUCCCAUAUAAAGAAUACAAAGAUAAGUUUGGGAAGUCGAACAAACGAAAAGGAUUUAAUGAAGGCCUGUGGGAAAUAGAAAACAACCCUGGAGUAAAGUUUACUGGAUAUCAGGCAAUUCAGCAACAGAGCUCAUCAGAAACUGAGGGAGAAGGAGGAAAUACAGCAGAUGCCAGCAGUGAGGAGGAAGGUGAUCGGGUAGAAGAGGAUGGAAAAGGCAAAAGAAAGAACGAAAAAGCAGGCUCAAAACGAAAAAAAUCCUACACUUCAAAGAAAUCCUCCAAGCAGUCACGGAAAUCUCCUGGAGAUGAAGAUGAUAAGGACUGCAAAGAGGAAGAAAAUAAGAGCAGCUCUGAUGCUGGGGACGCAGGCAAUGACACAAGAAACACUUCUUCAGAUUUGCAGAAAACCAGUGAAGGGCACUUGCAUAGAUGUCAGCUGAGAAUAACUCCUGAAAACCAUGAGCUGCAAUGAUGCAAAACUGAUGCGAGAGCAGAAUCAGACUGUUUGCACAAUGCAUUUUGCCUCACUGAACACUGGGAGCCUGCUUAUCCUUUUACACUUGUUUAAAAGCUGUUCCAUCCCACAGACUUCUUUAGAGUUCGUGAGGAUUCCUGUGCACCUUACAGUCUCUGCAUAUUGCGGAUUUU